AUGGGCAGAAAUAUGAAGCAGGAAUUUUUGCCGACAUGCUCGUUUUGCCUUUUAACUUUUCCCAACGAAGCCGGAUUACAAGUACACGAAAUUCGCUGUAGUAGAAAAGUCGAAGCAACUCACGCAGAAACCGAAAGGGUGAAAUUUGACGCAACAAUCACGAUUCAUAAUGCAACGAAGAAUCCUGAAAACGAUGCGUAUAAUAGACAUCCUUUGAAAAGAAGGUUGCUAGCUGCUGCUGCUUUUGAGCAGCAUAGUCCGACAAAGAUCCUCAGACCGGCAAGAACAGAGUGGAGUGAAAUAGUUGUCACGAAUGAGCGAAAAACACCAACAGCGGACAUGAAAGAAGCUGGUGCUAAAAUUGACGUCAAGAGCGAUGCUCCUUGUUCAACGAGAAGGUAUACUGCAGGGCGCGGUUGUAGUAGACAGCGUGCUGACGACGGCAAGGCGGCUUGUCCCAAGAGAGAUGAUCACGCAGCUGGUGCCGACUUGCUGAGCGGCAGCUGCGACGGCGAGUUCCCUGUCGUCUCGUGUCUAUAUGCGGUCACGAGGAAGCCUGUGCAUAUCAUUGGAGCACGCGGACGUUUCUGCGCAAGAUAG